GAGCCCUGCAGCGCCCACAGCCGCGCGAAGAGCCCUGCCAAGGCGAGUGGGUGCCAAACCUGAAUUACCAGCCCCGAGAGUGGCUGCGGAUCCCGGGAGCUCCUGUGAUUUGCGGCAGGUUUUUCAGGUCCCCGCCUGUCACACACACGCAGAUACUUAAGCGGUCACCCGAGGACCUGCGGGGUUCUUGUUUUACUUACUCCUGGUCCCUGCCAGCUCCAGUGCCUGGCUUCAUAGCCCUGUCUCAGGAGGAGAUGGCCACGGAGAAGCCAGUGACUCCCACUGAGGAGCAGCUGGAGAUCCUCGAGUACAACUUCUCCAAAGUGAACAAGCAUCCUGACCCCACCACACUGUGCCUCAUCGCAGCUGAGACCGGACUCUCCGAGGAGCAGACCCUGAAAUGGUUCAAGCAGCGCCUGGCAGAGUGGAGGAAGUCUGAAGGGCUGCCCUCAGAAAGUGGGUCUGUCAGGGACUAGAAGGUGUUGCUCCAAGGCCUACGCCUGCUCUAAAUGAUGAUGAAGCUCGUCAGAGUGGGUUUCCUUGGGAUUCUUCUGUUGCAAACGUUUUUGAGACACAAAGUAAUACCCUGCUAUUUAACAUAAGUUUUAUUUAAAGUGUACAUAACCAGGAAAAAAUACUAUAUAUAUAUAUAUAUAUGUGUGUGUGUGUAUACAGCUUCUGAUGUCUGCAUAACCUGUCUAGUGAUUCCCAUCCAUUAGCAGCAGCCGCACAGAGCAAGGCAACUCAAGUCCUUGUCCCAGGCUUUCAGAAAAACUGUCAUGAAAGGUUCACAGAAGAUCCCCAGAAGCAAAGUAAGCAUGGUAGCUUCAAUAUACAGAUCAUCUGGAGAGGAGGGCACUUGGAAAACCGGUUGUGUAGUUCGGGGGAUCUCGGUUAGCUCAAGAUGCCUGAGUCAGCUCUCAAUAUUGGCAAACCGAGUGCCUACACCAUAAUCAGACCAAGCCAAGCCCCCCUUGAAUGCAUUUCUCACAUUUUUGUUAAAGGUCACCAAAGGGAAAGGACUGGUCUUUUUUCUUUUUUUAUUAUUUUUUUCCCAAUGCAUUAAUAAAAAAAUGAAAGUUU